GCUCCAGAUGGCGUUCAUGUCCCGGUUCUCCCGGUCCCGGAGCAGCUCGAGAUCUCCCAACAGGAAAGAUUCGGAGCGCGGGUCCCCGGUGCUAACAGUGUCUGAGCUGGAACGGCUCCUCUACACUGGGAAAACAGCGUGUAACCAUGCCGACGAAGUCUGGCCCAGGCUCUACAUUGGAGACCAAGAAAUUGCAUCAGACCGGCGUGAGCUGGCACGACUUGGCAUCACCCACAUCCUGAACUGUGCCCAGAGUAAGUGGCGCGGCGGGGCAGAGUACUACGCUGGCAUGGACAUCACCUACCAGGGCAUCGAGGCCCAUGACACGCCCUCCUUCGACAUGAGUGUCAACUUCUACCCCGCUGCAGACUUCAUACACAGAGCCCUCAGCAGCGGUGGUAAGGUGCUGGUGCACUGUGCGGUGGGUGUGAGUCGUUCGGCCACGCUGGUCCUGGCCUACCUGAUGAUCCGUCAGAACCUGACCCUGGUGGAGGCCAUCAAGGCAGUGAAGAACCACCGUGGCGUAAUCCCCAACCGGGGCUUCCUACGCCAGCUCAACGGCCUGGACGGCAUCCUUCGGGACAGCCGCAAGGCUCUACACUCUCCAACCUCUCUUUAGA